AUGGAGGUCGGGACACACUGCGAACUGUCCACGUGCGGACGACUUUCGUUCCUCCCCAUCUCCUGUCCGCUGUGCACUACCACCUUCUGCGAGUCGCACUUCCUCCCCGAACAGCACCGUUGCGACAAAGCUUCGUCCACAAGCAAGGCUCUCAGCGACGACGAGCUAUUCGAACGCAUCGCAUCGACAGGCUCAUCCGGACGACUUCCGUGUCAGAAGCAAGGCUGCAAGAAGCUCAGUUUCCACGUGCAAACGCAGCCGUCGACGAGCGCCGACUCGAACGCGGCAGGAUUCCAGAGGACUUUCACACAUGCAGCACCUCGAUGCGAAAGGUGUAGAGGUCUGUUCUGCGCCGUUCACCGCUCAGCAACAAGUCAUGGAUGUACUGCUCCACCGCCAAUGACGGAGGGUCAGCAAAAGCUCAAGGCGAUCGAGGAUCGAAAGAAGAAGGCGGCUGCCUUGAUCGCCAAGAACUUCCCCAACCGCAAGGCAUAG